AUGGAACAAUUCUUAAAAGAUAGUCCAUCGGACUUUAGCACUUUUGACGAUGAUUCAAAUUUUCACUCAGGCAAUAAUAAUGAUGAUAAUUUCAACACGCAACUGGACGAUCAGAAUCUUCCCAACUUUACAUACAGUGCAACAAAUGAUAACAAGCUACUUAAUUCACAAUCAUUUGAAAAUGAUUACAAUGAGGGAGCUAAAAGUAAUUAUACGGGAGCACAAAAUGAUUAUUCCUUAAAUCUAGAUUAUUCAGGUAAUAAUAUCAACACAGCUAGUGAUCAAAAUUAUACAAAUAAUAAUGAUGGAAACUUUUUCAAUAGCAGUUUAAGUAAUUUUGAUACAAGCGAAUCCGGUUUAAAUUCUAAAACUCAAUUAUCAGAAAAUGAUUAUUUAAGUCCCAAUAGUUUUCCAAUUGAGCUGCAGCAAAGACAACUGUCAACAAAUUCGAAUAAUCAAAAUGCUAAUCAAAUACAAAAUCAUCAAACACAACUGCAACAAUCUCAAUUAGACUCAAAUUUUGCAGGUUCAAAUCCUGGUUCUUUUACAAGUGAACCUUUCUUAGACGAUAUGGCUUUUUCUCAAGCUAUACUAGGUCCUCAAUUACACGUCACUCAUAGUGGAACUAGCAAUAAUAAUUUCAGAGAAAGUCUAUCCCCUCAACCAUUAUCACCUCCAUUACGAGGUUUAUCAAAUUCCCAACCAUAUAUGAAUUCUGCAAAUUUGGAUGAAUUGAUAUCACCGGGUAAAAAUUAUGACGAAAAUUCAUUUUUGAAUCCACAAUAUUUCUCACCUCCGACAAGAUCUGGUAACCAUUUCAAUUCAUUAAGAUCAAUAGCGGAAGACAAUGGUAAUGAUAAUUUGCAAAACACUUAUAGUAAUGUUUAUAGUCCAACAGAGUUAUCAAGACCUGGAAGUAUAAGUGGGCCAUCUUACAACAAAAAUCCCAUACCUCAAUCAAAUUCAUACAUUUCACCUCAAUUGAAUCCAUCGUCUUACCAAUCGCCUGAUUUCAAUAGUGGCUCGUAUUUGAAUUCACCUCCAACGUACAAUAGUCAAAGGAUCCAACAUUUGAACUUGAAUCAACCAGCAACAUCAACUUCAGUUUCACAAAUACCCCAAGUUAGUUCUUCAAUACCGAAUCAACCGUUUAUAAAGCAAGAAACUUGGUCAUCGUUAUCACCACCACCUUCACAACAAUCUAUAUUAAGUACAUCUGUUCCUACGUCAUCCAAACAAACCCGAGAAACAAACACUACCUCCCAAACAUCCUCGACCGCAAACAUACCUACAAAGCAAUUAUCGAAGGAAGAGAAAUUAAAAAGAAGAAGAGAAUUCCACAACGCAGUUGAAAGAAGACGAAGAGACCUUAUAAAAGAAAAAAUAAAAGAACUAGGUAUCAUAGUACCACCAUCAUUAUUGAAUCCUCAAUUAAGUGCAGUACAAACUCUACAGAGACAACAAAAUAUAGAUUCGCAAGAUUUGCUGGAUUUAAUUGGAUCAAUAAAAGUAAAAGAAACGAAACCCAAUAAAUCAACUAUUUUAAAUAAGUCUGUUGUUUAUAUGAAUCAUUUAAAUUAUGUUUUGAACCAACAAGAAAUUGCUAAGCUGAAACUUUUGCAACAAAUCAAUCAAUUGGAAAAUGAAGCUGGUGGUGCGAGCUGGAGCUAA